AUGCUUCCGGUCACUACUCACGUGAGUGUACGGCACCUGUACACUCGAGCCAAGGUCGAAGUGGUGAUACUGGGUAUCGUCACGGUCGAACAAAAAAACGCAUGGGACCAUCACACGUGUCUAGAACGGACACGCAGUAUUGAGGACUGCAGCCCCCGUGAGAGGGAAUCUCAGUGCGAAGUGCAAGAUGACAUGCCAAAUCUUGUCAUCUUGAAGGUGAAGUCGAUGACGAAGAGAGCGGACUCUCCUCGGGUGUUGGUGGACUCGGGCGUGUCAAACAACUUUGUUCGACAGCAAAGUCUACCGUUGUUGGACUUCGAGGAGAGGCAUAAGCGCGUAAUUCGAGCACGCUUCUCGUACAAACACCGGUUGUUUGUGGAAGAACGUCUCGUCCUGGACUUGGGCGACAAGUUCGACAUAGUGUCGGGCAUGCCGUGGCUUGCACGGCAUGAUCCUAUUAUCGACUGGGAGAAGCGUACGGUCGUACGCUUCGGACACCGCGGCGCAACAGAUACACCUAACGGUGCAUCCGAACCUCCUUCAGAGACAGUGGCUCGCGCCGCUGUCUCUGGUCAUACCACGUGGAGCGCGCGGGCGGUAACGACUUCGGGGUGUCGACAAAAAAGGAGUGUUUGGUCAGGGACCAGACACUACCAAUAA